AUGCUCGAUGCCUUCAUAACAGCGGACGCGGUGUUCACGGUGGGAAAAUAUGAUCUCGAGUGCGCGCCAAAGUAUUGGGCAGUAACCAUUCCUCUGCGGUCUCUCAGCAUGCUCUCGGAGCUCUUUGAUCGCACUCUUCAGGCAAAGGACGCGGCGGAAGCGCAGCGAGAUGCCCUGCUUCACAGUGUCAUUCACGCAAACACCAACUUCGCAGCAGCAUCGGCCAAAGUCGCCCACCUCACAACACUGCUGCACCAAGCAAAUGCCGCACUCACUCGUGAGCGCGCUGAUCACGAGGAUACUAUGCGGGAGUAUGUCGUCGUUCGUGAGAAAUUGAGCAACAUAGCGAACGGAUGGAAAUCAUCCAUGUCCGGCUUGGGUACAUGCUGCAUGUGCAAUGCACCAGCUACGUCCUACAUCGUUCCUUGUGGUCACUUGUUAUGUCGCGACGGUCACGACUACUGCAUCUGCGACUGCGGCUCGUUUCUCGCCGAAGUGGGCGCAUGCUCCAACCAUGUAGCCAAGCAGCGCUGCCCCUUCACCAGCUGUCACUUCCUCGUAGAGACCAUCCGGCACCACACUAAUCCUGCGCUUGAUAUCGUCAGCUCAAAAAACUUCGUGAUGACAGACGCCGAGGAGUACUGUACGAACACAAUGGACUACGCGGAUUUCAUUCAACAAGCUCUUCAUCGCGCGAAUAGACAAGUGUAA